AUGCGCCGUGUAGAGAACCGAAUGCAGAAAAAUCAAGUCGGAACUGAUGAUGUGGCAGCAGAAAUGUGUCGACUUCAUCCCUGCUCUGAAUGGAGUGAAUGGUCGAAAUGUGAUGCGAUUCAUCAAGGUGAGUUUGGAGGACAAACAAGAAGCAGAACUUGCGGUGUAAAUACAACGUUAUGUAAGCAUUACAAUGAGCCAAUAAAUGUGAUUGACACAAGAUUAUGCGAAGGUGUAUGUCCAAAAGACUAUACUGCAACAAGUCAUGGUUUCUGUUUGAAAUUUUACGACAAAGAAAGACUAUAUAGAGAUGAUGCUGAAAAAGUAUGUCAAGGUGAUGGUGGACAUCUUGUGAACGUUGAUUCUGAGAUAAAAGUAAUAGAUGUGAAUGACACAAUUCUUCAACAAAUCUUUUCUGCUGAUGUCAUAUGGAUUGAUGGAAGAAAAUCAGUACAAGGUGAUCCUUGGACUUACGGCUACAAGUCAUCAGAUCCGUCCUUCACCUUUUGGGGACAUGAUGAUCCAGAUAACCGUGUAAAUGACCUGUGUAUAAUGUAUCACUAUGAAACAAGUACGAAUAACCUCUGGCGAUGGUUCGAUUAUCCAUGUGAUAAAAAAUUUGCCUUUAUUUGCCAAUACAAAUAG